AUGCCAGAAGAUAUCGAAGGACGACACCUCGCGAUAUCCGAAAACCUUUGUGACACGACCAAGGAGCAUCUUCAGGAAUUUAUUCAAGUCAUAUUGUUCCUGUUAUCGAAUAAUUUCAAAGUUGGCGACGAAGACAGCGAGAUAUUCAUAAGAGACACCGACUACGUCAGCUUCAAGGAUAGACUUAUCUUGAAAGUCCUGCAUCUCUGUGGAUUAGACAAUGCCACAAGCAUGAGACAUCUCCUGGACCUGAACGAGCCUACGGCCGAAGCGAUCGCCGAGAACCUAUUUGCGAGUGCACUCCGAUCGAAUAGCACCAAUUUAGUCGAUAUGAUGUUGCACGCUGGUAUCAAACCACAUAGAAUUGAGAGCAAUGGGGAUAUCAUCUCACCACCCCUGCAGUUUGCAGCGCACAUUCGAAACCACAGCACAAGUGUUGAAUUGGCAAGGCUGCUGUUGUCUCACUGCCCUGACAUGAACCAAGAUGAUCAUACACAAUUUGUUUUUAUGUCAGCCGCAAAUAGAGGAAACGAGAUAUUGAUGGAUGUCCUCAUCUUCAAUGGAAGCGAGAUACCACCGUGGUCUUUGGAGACGAUGCUCCAGCAAAACCCACCUUCUGAUACGAUGUCUCGCCUUGAGCGUGUCUUGGAUAUGGGAGAGAGCCUGGAAUCAAGAAUACUGUGGGAUGAGACAUACAUAACGAUGAUUGCCGUUGCCGUUUUGGAAAAUAGAAUGGCGCUAGCACACAUGCUGAUCUGUCGAGGAGCGGAUGUCAAUGCCAUGCAGCCAGUCUUAUUCGACGACCGUAUCUAUGAAACGACUGCGCUAGCGAUCGCAGCUUCAAUGGGCAACCAUCCUAUGAUGCACUUUCUGAUCGCAAACUUCGCGCAUGUCAAUCAAAGCGACAAUUCAAAAAACUUGAUACCACCUCUUCUGUGGGCAGUCAUCAAUGGCCAAAAAUAG